ACCACUUGUAGCGCCAUUGUAUUGUGAAAACAUGAAAAAGAACGCCACAACAAGAGAGAGAGAGACAGACAGACGAGGCCAUAUUGACGAAUCUAGAUGGGGUUCUGCCAAGACAGACGAGAUCAUCUACGCGGCUCUUAUACUAUGCAGAAAGGACCAGGACCUCAUGCUCAUGCACAAGGAGAUCAUUCUUGUACUUGAGAAUACUCAUAACUCCUUCACCUAGUACAUGUCAUGACUCGGUUCAGUAUCAGUUGAUCUGUUGAAUUUCUCCCAUCUUCACCACCCUUCAGUUUAAGCCUGUUGGAGGUAGAAACUUGAAGUUUUUAUUCAGUAUACUGUAAAAACCACCUCCUCGGACUUGUUUGUACUUGUAGGUGCAGUUUCUUGUGAUAUUGAAAAGGUAACAAAGUUGUCGAUUUCCCCCAACAAGUAAUUUUUAGACCUGCUGGGCCAACCUUCCCCUAGUGGAACGGUUGCAGCUCCUCGUUUUUUUAAGACGCAUGUUGCUUGUUACAUAGAACGCGUCAUGGUUUCUUGAUUUAAGUAACCACAUGAAUUUCGUAAAAGUAUUGAAUUUUCGACCACUCUUGUGAUCAUAAUCCGAGUCCGAAAACUUAAAGAAGUAGAAGUACUCAAAAGUUUAUUAAGUUUGUCACAGUCGAUCCGUUGGCAUCACUUAUCUCUCAUCAACAAGACUUCUACCCUACCCGCCUAUACCCACACCCACGAACAAGAUGACCACGACCGAAGAUAUGACGUGUAAUGCCACGACUCGGGGCGACUCCACCUCUCCUGCCAAGGGUCGUAAGGAAACAGUGAUGCCUCAGUCAGAAAAGAUCGUUUACCCGAUUGAUUCUGUUGCUUUCCUAGGAGCUGGUAUGAAUAUCGGGCAACCCUUGAAGGGUCUCGAAGUGGCACCCGAAGCUGUCAGGAGCUCGAAUUUGCAAGGGUUGGUACGGAAGUUGGGGUAUUUCAUGUCUGUCGUGCUCUCGUAGAAGAGAAUGACACAUGAUUGACAAUGUGCAUCUAGCUUUAUUUCGCGGUGAAUUAGUACUACUCUUCCAGCACAUAAGUACUCAAGAACACUGAAAAUGAAUUUCACCAACACUCAACACUACAACGUUGACUCAUCAAUCCAAUAAAAGAUACGGUUGGUAUGACCAUGGUGACUUGGAUUUUGACCGAUAUUUUCGACAGAAGAAGCUUGUCAAAAAGGGUUCCGAACCUACUGCGAAAGGGAUGACGAAGAAAAAUUUUGACAAGUGGCGUUCGCAAGCAAGCACACGUUUGAGCUUUGGCGCUUGGUUAGCGAAAGAAGCAGAAAUUAGCAGUACAGCUCCGAGUGAAGACGAACAAGAGAAAGCUGAGGGCAGCGAAGCUGAAGGACAAGUCGGACGUGGUGUAGUGAAUCAGGAUGAAGCGACCACGGUACUUGGUCUGUUGAUUGCAAUCAUUUCUAUGUAUAUCAAUGUCACUCUAUUCCUAGUUAGCUUGGCUCCACCCGUAUAUCAAUGUCACUCUAUGAUCACUGGUUCAGUUGAUGUCAUAAAAAUCAACAUAGUAUUCUCGUUUCUUUAAGAACUUUAUCACAUUAUUACUUAUGUGAAUUUUCUUCUCGACAGGAGACCACACAGACAGCACUAGAUGUGAAAGCAAAGUCUAUCAUCUCAUUCACUAAUUAUCCCAUACUCCCUAAUUACCCUUAUUUCCCCAGGCUCUUCUCCAAAGAGCGGUUUCUAAAGAGGGGAAAUCGAGUGAGCCUUCAGCCGAAUGCGCCAAGUACUACCUGGACUAUCCCGUCGACAACUUGCAUUUAGUCGGACCAGCCUGUCAAUUUGUGCACGAUCGAGUCUUGCAGAUCCAGAAGGAACGACCAGGACAAUUCAUGUUAUGGAAUACAUGUUGAUUAAGAAGAAUUAUAACUGAGUAAUUUUCGUAACAUCAGUGAGUCAGCCCAUUUUUCUUCUUCGUUGACAGAGAUAUAAACUAAAUUUUUCCUACUUCUAACUGGUUUUAGAUAAAAUUGAAAUUCUAUCUCCAUCGAAUAUUAAACGACGUCUCUCUUCCUCUGAACAUCAAUAUCACUCUUCUAAUCCCUUUGACCGUUGGCGGAGACCACUCUGUCGCGUGUCCUACGAUUUGCGCCAUGCAGAAAGUCUACCCCGAUCUGUGUGUGAUUUGGAUCGAUGCUCAUGGUGAUUGCAACACUCCGAAAAGCUCGCCCAGUGGUCACUACCAUGGCAUGCCAGCAGCGCACGUGAUGGGCUGGUUUGAGCACCACCCACCAGGCUUCGAAACCUGGAUGAGCAAAGAGAGCACUCAGCCGAUUGUGAGUCCCAACAAUUUUUGCUUUAUUGGUUUACGCGAUAUCGAUCCGAGUGAGGCGAAGUUGAUGCGGAAUAGUGAUUUGCACUUCUUCACCAUGCGAGAUGUGGACGAACGGGGAAUAGCGAACGUGGUGAAACAAGCCUUAGAACGAAUCGAUCCGAACAAGCGACGACCGAUUCAUCUUAGUUUUGACAUCGAUGGUUGCGAUCCGUCGAUUGCGCCAGGAACGGGCACUUGCGCCAGAGGAGGAUUGAGCUAUCGCGAAGCGCACUACAUCUGCGAGGAGCUGGCAUUGACACGGCGAUUGGUGAGCAUGUUAUGGCAGCUACUAGUGCUUGUUUAUUUUCACAUUUUUCCAAUUACUAUUUCUUCUAUUCGUAGUGGUCGUACAUACUAGCAGAUACAUCAAGAACAACUACAACGUGCUUGCAGUCGCACAAGUAUCCCACCAGAAUCGUUCCUUCUAACACCGGACCUGGUCGAGAUCAAUCCUGUGAUUGACACGGUUGCCGAACCCGGUAUUCAUGGUGACGACCCAGAUAUGGGCCAAGUCUCUGGCACUGUGCGUUUAGGCACUGAACUCGUGUUGUCUGCUCUGGGACUCAGCACGAUGCAUAGGUGUUGAAGAGAAUGACGAUGAAGAUGUCCUCAGGACAGUUCUAGUUCUGGACGGAGGUUACGAGCAUAGAUUUGGUUGAAAUUCAGUGUUCAUAGGUUCGCAGGUUGAAGAUCAAGCUCUCCAAGUGUACUGUCAAGGUCGUGAAGUUCUUGUCCUAAGAUGAAUGGCACAGGAUUUACCGUCAUACGCAGUUCUUGUUGCAUAUUUUUAGUGUUCCCUUUUGUUUAUCUGUAGUCACAGUUGCAGAUGAAAACGCAUAGUUUCGAUCACGAGAUGUACAUGUAGAUGUACAUCUAUCGCGAGUUUUAAAUAAUAUGAUACCAGCAUGCCUUUACAGUGAGUCAGUCUCGUUAGACUAAUGCUAGUAGAGCUCUGUUCAUUGUGAUAGAGUUCUCCUAGUUACAGGCAAAAGAACCAAUAGUAUUGGAACCAGCACCACCAGGUCGCUACUUAGUGUUACAAGUCCAAGCAGCAUAGGCAUACGGCAACCUCCGCAACUACGAUAUGACGAGGAGCAUCUCCACAACUUUGACGAUAUAUUUGACAGUCUGUUCCCAAUUUUUUGAAGCUGCUGUUAUCUUCGUAGCUCUACUUAUCUUUUAAUUCUGAGGUGGGGGACUCAGUCCUCCACCUCAGAAUUAACCACCUUAAGAAUUAACCUCCGAGGACAUUACCACCUUUAGAAAGACCCCCCGUCGGACCUUCUGAGUGAAGAUGUUGCGGUGUAGUGGCAAAACAACGUGCUCAGAUCUGUCUCUGUGUAGAAAAGGUAAGUAGAAGGGGUAGCUGCAAAUGCAGCGUCUGCAACUGGGAAUGACAUGCG